AGCCUAGUUCAUUUCAGUCCUCGGCUCAGUGCACAGUGACGGGACAAGGAGAGCAAUUUCACCGCUGCCUAUUUGUCAAAGCCCCCCCAACUAAAACAAAAAAAAAAACCGAAAAAAAAAAAAAAACACAGAGCCUAAAGUGAAAAAUGGUAAAGUACAUGCGACAGCACAGCGAGCUGAAACCCGAAGAGGUUCUGUCGGAGUCUGAUGCGUCCAUGGACCAGCAAGAUUUCGGAGAAUUGUCCGACUAUUCUUUCAGCGACGUUUUAUACUCCAAAUGUUCCGCAAUGGACCAAAUCGGCACUUUCAUGAAGAACGUGCAAGUGCUGCUCGAUGCGGCGAAUUACAUAGAAAAUACCGAGAAGAGCAACGGAAAAUGUGAGCAUGGUUAUGCUUCAACAUACUCUGCCACCGAGACUGCACACCAACAGAAACAGCGUAAAUUCAAGAACAGGAAAUUGGACAAUAUUCACAAUAGGUCGGCACACAAUGAACUGGAAAAAAAUAGACGAGCACAUCUCCGCCUGUGUUUGGAGAGGUUGAAGUCCCUCAUCCCUCUGGGACCAGACUGCAGUCGGCACACCACACUAGGACUGCUAAACAAGGCCAAAGCACAUAUCAAGAAACUUGAAGAGAUGGAUCGGAGAAGUUUGCACCAGCUGGAGACCUUAGAGAGGGAACAGAGGCACCUGCAGAGGCAGCUAUCCCAGCUGCAGCCCCACGGAGACAGGGAGAGGGUCCGCACGGUCAGCCAGGGAUCCCACAUAGACUCUGACCGCUCAGAGUCUGACAGAGAGGAGAUCGAAGUUGAUGUAGAAAGCACUGAGUUCUCCCAUGGAGAAAUGGACAGUGUAAGCACCAGUGGUACAAGCGACCUGGACGACCACAGCAGCCGGCAGAGCUCAGCCAGCGACGAGGGCUACUCCACAUGCAGCCUAAAACUGGCCUUCUCUGCUUGAGGCAGCCGCACUAUGUGUUUACUUCAGCUGCAGUCCUUUAAUGGCUCUUACCUUUUAAAGUACCAGCCGACAGCUCCGUUCUCCCUUUGCAGUUUAGGUUAAACCAGCCUCAAUCCCACCUUUACCCGAAAAAUGAAACGUCUACUCCCCCCCCCGAAAACCAGCCUUAAGUUCAACUCAGUAUAAGCCAAUAGGCUCCUCUACAUCAGUCUGAAACAUCUUACCCAACAGCCUCAAAUUGAACAACUCUGGCAAUAUACAGUUUCUCCAUUUUCAGAGUUAACUUAACCAGUCACCUGAAUGUCCCCUAACCCGUUACCAGCUUGAAUCAACCAAACCUGCACUAAAUACUGACCCUGUAGAGGACCCAUGCACCAGUGUCCCGACACUGAAGGGUCAACCCUACCUUUAGUCAAGUUGACCCUCCGAAACCAGCAAAAACACUAAAAACCCAAUACCAGCUAGAAGCUCACCAUUGUGAACGUUUGCUCCAUUUGCCUUGUAAUAACAUUGCCCUUUCUCUCUGGAUGAUAUAUCCAGAUGGCACUUCUUGACAGCGUACAAGCCAGUGGCAAGGGCUACAAUGUCUGCAUUCCAAAAUGUUUAUUACACCCCUAGACCCUCUUCUUUAAGACCCACACCAAUCGCUGAUCCAUGUGGCGUCCCUUUCUCUUGACUGAUAUACAGUUGUAUCCAAACUACCUUGUUAUUCUAAUUUAUUUUGCAUAUGAUUAUAGUAUUUAUUUUUUGGUAUAUUUAAUUUUACUGUAGCUAGGUAUUUGGUCAUGCUUGAAAGAGAAAAACUGUUAGUUUUCUUCAUAUUGUUUUAAAAAAAAAAAAAAAAAGAUAGUUUACCAAGUGACUUGACAUGAAAUUAACCCCAACUGAAGCAUUUGCUGUGCUGAAGGUUUCAAUUCACUCAUUAAGCUUUAGUCUCUUUACAUCGUGCGCGAUCUCAAUUUUAUUUAGACAGCAAUAAGCUGUCCCGCACUUGUCCAAGCACAAGGCUGAAAGCAAUAAAGCGUCUACUUUUAUCACAUCUGAAAUGUUGUGUUUUAGCGCUCUAUUCUGUCCGUCCAACACCAAAUUGCAGUUUGCUAGUUUACCACUUGCCCCAGUAGUGGCAUCGGUUUUAAUAUUCAGUAGGUAAAAUGAUUGUAAUUGAUUUAAAAAAAAAAAAA